AUGUUUAUACCACGGAAGCAACUCUGCGGGAUCGUCCACUCAGGAAUUCACGCCAGAGCUACAUUCUCCACAUUAACAACCAGACACGCCACAACAACAUGGACAUACCCAUCAACACCCCUCAACAAAUACAACCGCAAGCUGAUCACGCUCCUCAAGGACCCCCAGAUCUGCCUUCCUAUUUUUGACAAGUGCCGAGAGAUCCAGGAACUCAACCUUAAGCCUGACUUGACAACCUAUACGGUGCUCUUAGAGGCGCAUGAGCGGAAUAAUGAUCUGGAGAGUAUUAUGAAGACUUUGGAGGAGAUGGAACUUGUGGGGAUUGCGCCCAGUAUCUCGGCCUUCAACAUUGCACUUAGGGCUGCAGGAUCAAACGGAGAUACUGUCAUGCUGGAAAAGAUUAUUGAGCUUAUUCACAAGGCAGGACUGCAGAUGAACAUCAACUCGUACGAGAUCAUCAUUCAGGGACUCUGCGCCAACUCGGAGCUGGAGCAUGCACUGGAUAUUCUCGGAGACAUGACUGUCUCUGUCGAUGAGGAGGGUCAGCCGGACGAAAAUGGACGGCCGACGAUCGACGUCCGUCCCUCUCUCCAGUGCUUUGUGCCGAUCAUCCAACUUGCCCAGUCGCUCCACGAGACCGAGACGGCUUACUUGGUGUUGAAGAUGGCCGAGGUUCAAGCGGGACUUUCCAGGAUCCCAGCAGUGGUGUAUACCGAUCUCAUGGCUAAGGCAGCUGACGACUACGUGCUACCUGCGGUUGAAUACUGCUGGAAGAAGGGAGUCAAAGAGUUGGGGGCUUCUCCGGAUGAAGGUUGCUGCAUGCUGGUCCUGAACUGCGCUGCACACGAAAAGGCACCACAACUCUCGGCCGAGGUCAUCCAGUACAUGGGCGAGAAUGACAUGGAUUUUCAGGAAUACCACUUUGCCCCUCUGCUCCAAGCCUUCUCGCUGGCUGGAAAGUACAAGUCAGCGUUCAAUGUACUGUCGAUCAUGAGGACGUCAGGAAUGAAGCCAACCAUUUUGACCGCCACCAGUCUACUCAAGGUUCUUGGCGAGCAGGGCAACAUUGACGACGCGUACACAUGUAUGAGGGAGAUGCACCAGGAGGGCAAGGCCAUCGAUGUGGUCGCAUUCAAUGUCUUGAUUGAGGCAUCUGGGCGGGCCAAGAACUUGACACAGGCAAUGUCUAUCUUUGAUGCAGCCGCAUCGUUGAGCAUUGAACCUGACACGGAUACCUACAAUGCCUUGCUGACGGGAUGCAUCACGGACAGGAACAUGAGCGAGGGCAAGAAUGUGAUCUUGAUGAUGCAGAGGGAAGGCGUGGACCCCAAUGUGGAUACGUAUCAGUCGUUGAUCAGCCUGUGUCUGACACAGAUCAACUACGAGGAAGCGUUCAUGUAUCUGGAAGAGAUGAAGAGCCACGAUGUCAUCCCGUCCGAGUCGAUCUACACGAGUCUUGUGCGCAAGCUGGCCCGUGAGAAUGACCCGCGUAUCAAGUAUGCGAUCGAGGAGAUGGAGUCGUUUGGGUAUGUCGUCGGACCCAACUUGAAGGAGUAUAUUGAAACUGGUGGACUGAGUAACCUGGAGGAGUCUGAGAGGAGGAAACAGAUCCGCGUCUCUCAGCGCCGUCGCAGCGGCAACCGGCCGCACUUUUAG